CGCGUGGAGGGAGGGGAGGAGGUGGACAGGUCCACGACUCGACGUGCUGAGCGCCGCUGUUUCAUUCAACCGCCGCCGGUUGAGGAGGAACGACCCCGACGUGUGACGGCCUCGCACCGUGCUUUCGCCAACUUCAACUCAACAUUUCCGUGGAGACUCGAACGCUUGUGCUCGAGAGGGACAGCACAUCCGCCGGGAUCAUGACCCGCCGAUCCUGUGUCAUCUACGCCACCGGGAUCGCGUGCGCUCACCUCCUGAUGGCGGGAAUCGCCCCGGUUCUGGCUCAAGUCUCCCAAACGACGACACACCGCGGGUUAAAGGAAAUCACUCUGACAGAGAAGAGCCAGGUGUUUGAGUCAUGGAAGAACCCACCUUCCCCUGUUUAUGUGGAGUAUUACUUCUUCAACGUGACCAACCCAGAGGAGAUUCUAGCAGGAGAGAAGGCCUCUGUGAAGCAGAUUGGACCCUAUACGUACAGGGAGUACAGGCCAAGGGAAAACAUUACCUUCCUGGAGAAUGGCACCAAAGUUUACGCCAUCGAACCCAAAUCCUAUGUCUUUGUGCCUGAGAAGUCGGUGGGUGACCCCGAGGUCGACCUCGUCAGGACUGUCAACAUCCCACUUGUGGUGGUGAUGAACGAGCUGAACUCCUACUCCUUCUUCCUGCGCUCCUUUGUGUCCAUGUUCACAAGAAAGCUGGGCAUCGAGCUGUUCAUGACCUGCACGGUGCACGAGAUUCUGUGGGGCUUCAAAGACCCCAUUCUCGCAAAGAUCCACUCCAUGAAACCAGAAGUAGACGAAUAUUUUGGUCUGAUGCGGAAGAAAAAUGGCACACGUGAAGGGGAGUUUGUGUUCUACACUGGGGAGAAGAAUUACUUAGAUUAUGGCAAGAUUGACACCUGGAAUGGCCUGAGGCAGAUGUCAUGGUGGUCUUCCAAUCAGAGCAACAUGAUCAACGGGACGGACGGCACGCUUUUCCACCCUCUGAUUAACCGAAAUGAGCUGCUCUACAUCUUCGCUGCUGAUUUGUGCAGGUCUAUUCAUCUAGCUUACGUAGACGACGUGAAAGUGAAAGGCAUCCGGGCGUACCGCUUUGUCCCACCGAGCGACGUCCUCAUGAGCCCCACAGACAACCCCAACAAUGCCGGCUUCUGCGUGCCGGCCGGAGACUGCCUCGGCACCGGGGUGCUCAAAAUCAGCGUUUGCAGACAAGGUGCUCCCUUUGUGGUGUCCUUCCCCCACUUUUAUCAGGCCGACCCCAUGUACAUCAAUGCCAUCGAUGGGCUCAGUCCCAACAGGGAAGAACACGAGACGUACAUCGACGUGCAACCGACCACAGGGGUUCCCAUUCGAUACUGCAAGCGAACUCAGCUCAAUAUCAUUCUGAAGAGAGUCCAAGGCUUCCCCCAAACAAAGUUUAUCAACUACACCAUCUUCCCCAUCAUGUUUGUCAAUAAGGCGGCGACUAUUGAUGAUGACGCUGCAAGCAAGAUGAGGACACUGCUAGCACUGACAUGACACAACAGGCCCAGGCUCAUAUCAAUCACAAGACUGAACAGAUGUUUGGCCAUCAAGUUUAAUUUGCAAUUAAAUUAGUGCAUUUUUAUAAUUCAUUAAUAAAACUAAUUACUUUAUUAAA